AUGAGCUGCAUUGAAGCCCACUUCGAUGGAGAGGAUCAGAAGGGAGUUCACACCUGCCCUCAAUGCAGGGAAAGCUUCACACGGAGGCCUGUCCUGGUAAGAAACACCAUGUUAGCAGCUUUAGCGGAGCAGCUGAAGAAGACUGGACUCCAUGCUGCUCCUGCUGAUCACUGCUAUGCUGGACCUGAAGAUGUGGCUUGUGAUGUCUGCUCUGGGAGAAAACUGAGAGCCAUCAAGUCCUGUUUGGUCUGUGUGGCCUCUUACUGUGAGGAACACCUUCAGCCUCAUUAUGAAUCACCUCCACUAAAGAAGCACAAGCUGGUGGAGCCCUCCGAGAAGCUCCAGGAGAACAUCUGCUCUGUCCAUGAUGAGGUGAAGAAGCUGUUCUGCCGCACUGAUCAGAAGUCCAUCUGUUAUCUCUGCUCUGUGGACGAGCAUAAAGGCCACCUCACUGUGUCAGCGGCAGCAGAAAGGACUGAGAGGCAGAGAGAGCUGGAGGGGAGGCGGCAACAAAUUCAGCAGAGAAUCCAGGACGCACAGCAAGAUGUGAAGCUGCUCCAGCAGGAGGUGGAGGCCAUCGAUCAGUCUGCUGACAAAACAGUGAAGGACAGUGAAAAGAUGUUCAAUGAGCUGAUCCGUCUCAUCCAGAAAAGACAUUCUGAUGUGAAGCAGCAGGUCAGAUCCCAGCGGCGAACUGCAGUGAGGGGAGUCAAAGAGCUUCAGCAGAAGCUGCAGCAGGAGAUCACUGAGCUGCAGAGGAAAGACGAUGAGCUGCAGCAGCUCUCACAUACAGAGGACCACAUCCACUACUGCAUGAGCUGUAUUAAAGGCCACUUUGAUGGACAGGAUCAGAAGGGAGUUCACACCUGCCCUCAAUGCAGGGAAAGCUUCACACCGAGGCCUGUCCUGGUAAGAAACACCAUGUUAGCAGCUUUAGCGGAGCAGCUGAAGAAGACUGGACUCCAAGCUGCUCCUGCUGAUCACUGCUAUGCUGGACCUGAAGAUGUGGCUUGUGAUGUCUGCUCUGGGAGAAAACUGAGAGCCAUCAAGUCCUGUUUGGUCUGUGUAGCCUCUUACUGUGAAGAACACCUUCAGCCUCAUUAUGAAUCACCUCCACUAAAGAAGCACAAGCUGGUGGAGCCCUCCGAGAAGCUCCAGGAGAACAUCUGCUCUGUCCAUGAUGAGGUGAAGAAGCUGUUCUGCCGCACUGAUCAGAAGUCCAUCUGUUAUCUCUGCUCUGUGGAGAAGCACAAAGGCCACCACACAGUGUCAGCGGCAGCAGAAAGGACUGAGAGGCAGAGAAAGCUGGAGGGGAGGCGGCAACAAAUUCAGCAGAGAAUCCAGGACGCACAGCAAGAUGUGAAGCUGCUCCAGCAGGAGGUGGAGGCCAUCGAUCAGUCUGCUGACAAAACAGUGGAGGACAGUGAGGAGAUGUUCAUUGAGCUGAUCUGUCUCAUCCAGAACAUAAGCUCUGAUGUAGAGCAGCAGGUCAGAUCCCAGCAGCAAACUGUAGUGAGGGGAGUCAAAGAGCUUCAGCAGAAGCUGGAGCAGGAGAUCACUGAGCUGCAGAGGAAAGACGAUGAGCUGCAGCGGCUCUCACACACAGAGGACCACAUC